UAAGAUCGAAAAACUAACUAGUGAUCAAUUGUUUGAGCUGCGAUCAACUGUCUUUAGUCUUCAGUUUGAGCUAAGACGUUCUAAACAGACGCGAAAAAAAGAAUGGAAUUCUUUACACAAAUACUGUCGUUACUCUGUGUUUGCCUCGGCUUUUACUCUCUCUACAAAUAUGCUGUAUAUAGACCGAAAGGAUUUCCACCCGGACCACCGCGCCUACCUUUCUUCGGCAGUUAUUUGUUUAUGAUGCUGACGAAUUUCAAGUAUUCGUACAAAAGUGUGUUAAAAUUUAGCGAAUGGUAUAAAUCUGACAUUGUAGGAUUUUAUAUGGGUUCGUUUCCAGUUGUGGUUAUUCACAAUGCUGAGGCAAUACGUCAAGUGUUACGGGAUGCCAGGUAUGAUGGACGUGUUCCAGCUUAUUUGGUUCUAAUGCGUCAUCCUGAGGAAAAGUUAGAAGGAGUUUUGUUUCAAGAGGGUUCCAUUUGGAAGGAACAAAGGCGUUUUGUUUUACGUUACCUAAGAGAUUACGGUUUUGGUCGACGUUUCGCUGAGCUUGAAUCAUUUAUUCAAGAUCAGUUAAAUGAUAUGUUGGAUCUAAUCAGAAGUGGACCCCGUUACGAACACGAAAGGCCUUUCGUCAGCAAAGAUGGCAAACGUGUCUUGUUACCGUAUUUCUUUGGACACUCGGGUCUUAACAGUUUUUUACAUGUUGCCUAUAACGAACGAAUUUCACGUUCCGACCAAAACGAUCUUUGGCAAUUAAUCCGAAUUACUAUUCAGUUUCAAAGAAAUGCUGAUGCAUACGGAAAAAUGAUAAGUAUUAUGCCAUGGAUAAGAUACGUUUUUCCAAAAUGGAGCGGUUAUAAUGUUUUAAGAGAAUCGAAUCUAUACAUGCAUGAGUUUUUCAGCAAAAUUAUUGAUUAUCAUCUUAAGACUUAUGAUGAAAACUAUGAACGUAACUUUUUGGAUGUUUACAUAAAAGAAAUGCUCAAAGCUGAGUCGAACGGCAACCUUGAUACGACUUUCAGACGCGAUCAAUUAAUAAUGAACAUAAUUGAUUUCGUAUUGCCAUCUAUAACAGCCAUUAGUUUUCAACUUUCCUUUCUAAUGCAACAUUUUCUUGUGAAUCCUAAAAUACAGAAAUCUAUACAAACAGAAAUAGAUGAGAUUGUUGGUCGGAAUCGUUUGCCAACAGUAGAUGAUCGCCAAUUUAUGCCUUACACUGAAGCUACGGUAAGAGAGAUUUUGAGAAUAGAAACGCUAGUACCUUCGAAUGUGCCGCAUAAGACUUUAGAAGACACUCAACUAAUGGGUUAUAAUAUUCCGAAGGAUACUAUCAUUAUACCCAGUCUAUAUGCUUAUCAUAAUGAUGCAAAGGUUUGGGGAGAUCCAUUAGUUUUUAGACCGGAACGUUUUUUAAAUGAAAAGGGUGAACUCUGUCUAAAAAAAGACGUUUCUUUACCGUUUGGCGCUGGUAAGCGCCUUUGUGCUGGUGAAACAUUUUCUAGAAAUCUUUUGUUCCUUAUGGUCUCCACUCUAUGUCAAAGUUAUCACUUUACUUUAGCAGAGGACGAUAAAUUGCCCAAAUUAUCUAGCAAUUUAAGUGGCUUUAUUGUUUCCCCACAAGAUUUUUGGCUACAACUCGAAGAAAUGUUUUAUACAAUGCUAACCGAAAUUUUAUUAACAACUUGUGCGUGUGCGUGUUUAUAUCUUUCUUACAAAUAUGCUUUCUAUCGGCCAAAAGGAUUUCCGCCCGGACCACCACGUAUACCGCUAUUUGGCAGUUAUUUGUUUAUGAUGCUCUCCGAUUUCAAAUUCCUACAUAAAGGUGUUUUAAAAUUUUGCAAAUGGUAUAAGUCAGACAUUGUGGGUUUUCAUAUGGGCCCUUUUCCGGUUGUUGCCGUUCAUAAUGCUGAUGGGGUGCGUGAAGUUUUAACCAGAAGUGAAUUUGAUGGUCGUCCCGGGAUUUAUGUCGCUCAGAUGAGGGGUCCAAAUGACGAACUUUUAGGUAUCUUCUUUCGGGAAGGUCAAUUCUGGAAAGAGCAAAGACGUUUUGUAUUACGUUAUUUAAGGGACUUUGGUUUUGGUCGACGCUUUAUGGAACUUGAACUGGUCAUUCAAGAGGAACUAAACGAUAUGUUGGAUUUGAUUAGAAAUGGACCAAAAUUUGAUCAUGAGAAACCGUACUGUAAGGAGAGCGGUAUGCGUAUAUGUUUACCUAAUUUCUUUAGUCCCUUUGUGGCCAACAGCGUUUUUCAUAUUGUAUGCAAUGAGCGAACACCACGCUCCGAACAAGCCGAUCUAUGGGAAUUAAUACGCUACGGCUUACAAUUUCAACGUACCGCAGACGAUUAUGGGAAAAUGCUAUCAAUUAUGCCAUGGAUAAAGCAUAUCUUUCCAAAUUGGAGCAGUUAUAACAAAUUGACUGAAUCGAAUAUAUUCUUGUUUAAAUAUUUCGAAAAGAUUGUCGAUCGUCAUAUUAAAACUUAUGAUGAAAGUUACGAACGCAAUUUUCUGGAUAAGUACAUAAGAGAAAUGCGAGAGGCCGAUCUUGAAGGCAAUGAGGAUACAUCUUUCAAACGCAAUCAAUUCAUAUUGAGUUUAAUUGACUUCACUUUCCCGGCCUUUACCGCGGUGGGGGUGCAACUAUCAUUUUUGGUUCAGUAUUUUCUCUUAUAUCCUGAAGUUCAAAAACGCAUACAAAAGGAAAUAGACGAAGUGGUCGGGGCGGGACGUUUGCCUACUUUAGAAGAUCGCCAAUUUAUGUCCUAUACGGAAGCAACGAUAAGAGAGAUUUUAAGAAUAGAAACUUUAGUACCGUCUAGUGUACCGCACAAGACUUUGGUCGAUACUGAACUAAUGGGUUAUAAGAUACCCAAGGAUACACUAAUUGUCCCUGCUCUAUAUGCAUAUCACAAUGAUAAACGGGUUUGGGGUGAUCCACAGAAUUUUAGACCCGAACGUUUUUUGGACGAUAAGGGACAUCUGUGCUUAAAAAAAGAUGUUUCGUUUCCUUUCGGAGCUGGAAAGCGUUUGUGUGCCGGAGAAACAUUUGCCAGAAAUAUGUUAUUUUUGGUAACUGCCGCUCUUUGUCAAAACUUCAAUUUUAUUUUAGCCGAUGGUGACGUAUUACCGGAUUUAUCAACUAAUUUAAGCGGCUUAAUUACUUCUCCUAUGGAUUAUUGGGUUCAGUUGGAGGAAAGAGCGUAAAAUGCAAUUUCAUAUAAGUUUAAUUUAAAUAGGAUCCUUAAGAAAUUGUGUAUUAAUGUUACGCAUGUAACGCGUGAGAGUAUAAAGAUUUCCUUUUAUUUUUAUGUAUUAUACCUUAACAAUUUUUUAAUAUAGUUUUUGAUUUUUUGAACUCGGCUUUAUUCAAGAGUUCAGCUAA